CAUGAACGAAGCUUACUCACAGGCCAAACGGCGCCGGCACGCCCACCAACCCGCAAACGAACGUGGCCAAAAUGAGAACGAAGAGGACGACUUUUUUGGCAGCCAAUUUUCCGUUCCGGCUUCCCAGGCCGCUAGCCAGCGUAGGUAUUUGUCGCAGCGUAGUAACCUGCAGCGAUCGCAGGUGGUCAAACCGGGACGCCGACCACCGACAAACUACUACGAAAGUGUCCUGUUUAUGGCCGGGCUCAGUUUGGACGAGCCGGGCGGUGUUGUGGUACUCAAGUGUGAACCGAUCGUGUUUAUGCACAAACUGAAGAGUGUUCUGCGCACGAAUGCUGACUAUCCGACGAACGUUGACCGGUUUCUGGCGGGUAUCGAGACGACGAUGAAGGAUCGUACCUGUUUUCUGAAGCUGCUCGAAUGUUGCCAGGUUGUGCCGGGUGGGGCGUACGAUGAAACGAUGCAACCCGUCCGGAAGCCUGUGCAGGAGAGUUUGAUGAAGAUGUUCUUGCUGGUGGACUUUCUGCAGCUGAAGUUGAUCGAGCUGCUGUUCGGAUACUUGAUGCGGGAGCUCGGUACGGGUUCGGCCGUGGAUGGGGAGAUCGUUGAAGAUUCGAUUGUUGGUUUUGUACUGUCGCAGCUGAAAUUUAUAGACCACGUCCAGAACGGUGAGCUGGUGUUUGAGAAGGUAUUUGAACUGUUAGCGAAAGCGAACCGCAAUCCGGUGGUGUUUGAUGAGAUCAUCUUCAGCCUGGAGGAUGUGAUCGAUGUGUCGAAGCACGACGAUGCGCUUGCCCGGCUGGUGAAGCUACGACCCCGUCCUCAGGAUCUGAUUACACCUAGCACGGUGGAGGUGUUUACGGGUAUGUGCUUGAGUGUUCAAACGCUUGAGCUGCUCCGCCGAAAGGUGGUCCAGUAUGUGGCGGACGGAUGUCCACUACGAUAUUACCCAUCGCUCGUUAAAAUGCUUCUCAAAUUUAAUCGUACCGAGCCGCUGGAAAACAUCACCGAAAUCGUCCGACAAGUUCGUCGUCUGCUCGAUACGACUGCUAACGGGGAAACUUGGACGGCAACCUCUUCUACCGCGGACGAUUGUGCGGAUCAGGUGCUUCGAUCGAUCCAACAAGCAAUAUCAGCUUCGGCACAGCUUUACGACGCAUGGAUAACCGUCAUUCGCCAGUUACCGAGUGCCGAGGAUCAUCUUCCCAUCGAUCUGCUUCUGCUCACCAUCGCUACCACGAUUAACGAGGUAAAAGCUCCGCGUAUUCGCAAACUAGCGAUCAAAAAGAUCGAGCAACAAUUCUUCACCGAUGCGCACACGGACCUGCUAGUUAGUGGAUGCUUUCAUCGGGUGCUACAAACGCAUCUCGACGGAUUUCUGCAGCUGAUCGAGUGUUGCACACGUGAAAAAAACGAGCGUGUGUGCGAGUUUGGUGUAGCCGCCAUGAGCGCACUCUUCUCGCUCGAUCAAACCGUUAUUGCAACGGACAAUCGGGUUGUGCUGAGCAAAAUCGUUGGAUUCAUAUGUGAAAUGGCGUCGGCGAAUGUUACGAGUCGGAAUGAUUUUCUUAUCGGGCGAUGCAUUGGCGCGUUGCGUAAGCUACACGAAUCUCAUCCAAAAGAGAUAGAACGUAGUGCGGAACUGCUGCUCCGCAUUCUGGACAUUGCACCCGAACUGACGCUGAAGCAGUACCGUCCGCUUAUUAGCGUAAUUUAUGCUGCCGUCAUUCCUUCCCGUCGAAACGAUGACGAUACGGAGCUGACAGCGAUUCGGGACAAUCUGGAAAUCAUCGUCAAGAAGCAGCUGAUGUGUGAUAACAAAGACACCAAGAGGAAGGGCAUCAUCGGAUUGGUACAAAUGGUGUACUAUCUUUCGCUGGUACCAGCCGGCGCUGACGAUGCACCCGAGCUUAGUUCGAGCUUUGAUUCGGAGCGAACGAUCGGUACGGUUAGUGACAUACCGAGCGUAUCCGGACGUAAUCUGGCCAACCUUGUCAGUACACUGUUUCUCUCCACCAAUCAGUCACCGGAUUUGCUCGCUAUAUGUUAUGAUGAGUUGGCCAGCAUGUUGGCACAGUCCCGUCCUCGGACAGCUCCCGCAUGGGAGAAAACGUUCAUCAUCUGGUUGUCCGAUACGAUCACGAUGGAUUUUCAGGGUACGUUUUUGGUGGAAAACGAUACACCACUGCCAUCGUGGGAUGCAACUGGUCCGGCAGGGAUCCUGCUUGCAAGGAAAUUGUGCAUUAACGAUACUGACGAGGAAGCCGUCAAUACGGAAGCGGCUUCCAUUGCAGUUAACGUUGGUGGUGGGGUGCUUGUACAUGGCGGAAAUCGUCAUACGGCCAUCAGCUAUCUGGCACCGAUUUUCAGAUUAAUGCGCACACUGCACUUUAUACGGUACGGUGGCGUACUGGAAUCGAUCAAUGCGCUGCUAGGGUGUACGCUCGUUGUGCCAGAAUUUUACGGUGUUAACGAGGAGGAAGAAAGGCGCUUCUCGAUCGAUGUGUACGAAGAAGGAUCGUGUACGCUGCUGCUGGACAUUUACUUCUAUCUGAGCAACUGGUUCCGGGAGUGUGUCAGCGCGUUCGUAGGACAGGAAGAUGCUGGGAUGCGAAGGAAGGUUCUGCAACGCCUACAUGAACUCGUCACCUUGGAGCAUCGACUCGGGCGCAUGCUGGAACGUAUGAUCGCUGACAGCGAGUACAUACCACCGCUCGCAUCCGACUUUAUGGAUCCACCAAUAGCCGCGUCGAAGAAAUUAAAAUUUGUGGAAGCACAGCGAACCGGUCGCCCGAAAGCGGGAACACACGACAAGACGGUCAAUCUGGACGCACCACUCAGCACGCAGACGGCCGCAGCAACUGCUGCACCUUGCACGGUUGGCCAGUUUAAUGAGCAAAGUUUGCUGUUACGCUGUGGUUUUGCUCUUCGUCGAAUGGAUCCGGAGCUGGUGCGUCUGUUUACCGUGCAGCUCGUACCGGCACGUGUGCUUGAGCUUCCGGAACAGCGUGGCACAUGUCUCGCGCUGGCCGAGUAUCGGUUUGUGCUAGAAAACGUAACUGUUGCGUUGGAGCAAUCGAGCGAAGCGGAAGGUCGCUAUCAACGGUGCAUGGUGGAACGUUGGCAAGAGUUUGUCGAGCGUACAGCUGUCCUGCAACAGCACUUACAGGAAGCAACACACCGUUUGCAACCCGCUUCGGUUCAGGAACUGUUGCCCUUGAAAUCUUGCUACCUUUGGAGCCUUCGACUUGCAACGGCAAUGCUUACGUGGAAACGAUUCCGCGAGCAUCGUGGACGAGCUGAGCUGGUACGGGUGUUGCGACUGCUGGUGGAGAAGCUUACCGAAAGUGAAGCUCCAACAGCGGACGAUUUGCAUCUGACCGAACUGGCAAAGCUGCUGCUAAAAGGACUCAUCCGACAGGACGCGUGCUUUGGCGAUCUUUCGAUCGCGGCUCAGCUAUAUCGACUUGCACGUGCCAUCGGUGAGAGUGUUGGUGAUCGGACCAGUGCUUCCCGCUCCAUAGCACGGUUUACGCGAAGCGUUCUCACUGCAUCAGACAUCCGUUCGGCGGACAGUAAGUCGAACCAUCACUUCACGACCAUUCUAGAGGGGCUAAUCGAUACGAUCGGUCUGAAAGCGCUCAAGCAGCUUAUCGUUGAUAUGCGACAGGAUGUAAGCAUCGAUGAUAAGAUCACCAAAGCUAAACCGGGCGGAAAAUCGAAAGCAGCUGAAGAACCCUCCUCCAUUACAACUGUCCGCACGUUUGCAUCAUUCAAGCGACCACACUACGCACUAAUGUUCAAAGGUUUGUGCAGAGCGUUUUUGCGAAUUUUGCAAGAUGAAAUACGUAUACGGUCUGGUUCGAGCGGAGGCGCCAACCGUCGCCUAGAGCUAUGGGAAGCUGCUUGUGAAGCGGCAGGUGAACUAACGAACAUUGUCAAGCGUGCACAGCAGGCAGGAAAUUUUGGUGUCUAUCUACGGUUCGCACAGAUCUUCAUCAAGCUGUUUCUCAAGAGUGGUCUACCCGCACUGGAAACCAUUCUGCGCUCUUCGGCUGAGCGUGCAUCGAAUCUACUGUCCACACUGCAAACCACGACCCGCUAUCUGCAUAACGUAUGCUGUCAGACGAAGGUGACCAAGGGCGCCGGUUCUUCGGCCGGCGCCCUAGCGCAGAUUCCUUUCGUAAGGGAAUCGGUCGAGACGCUUGUGUAUCGCGUGAAAGCUGCGCUGGUUGCUAACCGCUGUUCGGCCGUCUUUUGGAUGGGUAAUUUGAAGAACAAAGAUAUGCAAGGUGAACUGAUCGCUUCCCAGCAGCCUGAACCCGAAUCGGAUGAAGAGGAAGAACAGCAGCAGGAGGACGAUGCAACGCAUGGUGCGUUGCAUGAUGCAUCGGACAUUGCGGAUGAUCUGAGUGACGAUGGUGGUGAUGGUGCAUCGAUUGCUGGUACAUCUUCAAAAACGCGGUCAGCUAGUGUGACGAAAUCAUCUCAGAGCAAGUGCUUUUGA